UUGCGGUGUGAUCGUUGGUGAGUUGUUCGCGCCCGUGCGUUGCUGGGACAGCGCACUGUUUACGAAGUUGCGUCAGCGUCGCUUCCCCAGCCUCUCCAUCAACCUCCUCCCAGCCACGUGAAAUUUCCACUCCCAACUACAGCAAAGUAUCGGGGUCUCACUCCACUCCCCCAAAACAAAGAACCAUCACGAAAGAAGCAUUAUUACGACUUGGAUUCUUUCUGACGUUGGUGAUAGUUGCAUUCGCUGAAUUGUCAUUCCGAUUUCAUACGCUCUUUCCCAACCUCGCAAGCUCGACUACAUCUUUGCACGCUCGCCAUCAUGGCGCCGCACCCCGACUUUGUCGCUUUGGUGCACCAUCUCACGAAACGAGAUGAUGCUUACAAAAAUCUCGCCUCUGCAGGCGCCAAAGCACCACAGGAUAUGUCCGGCCCUGGUUACCAAGUGCUGUUUGCCUUCAUCGGCGUAGGCAUGACAAUGACAGCUAUCUGGUUCUUCUUCUGGGCCAAGAACGGCGGCUUCAAAUGGCAGAAGGACGACUGGGAAGACUACAAAUCGACUGUUAUGCGACGCAAAGGCCCAGACGGAAAGACGCUGUCGAACGCUACCAAGAGUACUAUCCUCGGCGGUGGAAGUGUUGUGCAUGGAGGCAGUUACGGUGCCCCAAGCAGUGUGGGCUACACCGACGAGACUGGCACGAGCGCUGACAUCAACGAAUACCGUGACGCUGAGGAAGGCAAGGGAGGUAUCCGCGGUGGAGACGGCAACCAUGGUCGCAAGAAGAAGCGUCGCGACCACACCAACGACUACAACGACCCCGAACUCCGCCACUACCGCAACGAGAAAGCUGCCCGCGUUGGCGGCCUCAAUCGUCAAGCUGACGGCACGUACACGGACUACUCUGGCUCGCAACCCUCUGAAAUCGGAUCCAACGUCUCUGCUCAACCCCUCGUCAAGAAAGAUAAGAAGGACCCCAAGAAAGAAGCCAAGGCCAAGGAGCAGCGCGCAAGAGAGCGUAUGAAGCGCGCCAAAGCGGCCGAAAAGGAAGCCGCCCGUAUUGCCACUCUGGAAGCCAAGGAGAACAAAGCUGAGGCCAAACGCGAGAAAGACGCAGCGAAGAAGGCAAGGAAGGCCAAGUCCGUCAUGUCCGACAACCCAGAAAUGGCAGAAGUCACACGUCCUCUCACUGGAUACACACGCGCUUCCACCGAAUUCACCGCGCCCUCUGAAUACGUCGCCCCAGCCCCAGCCCCAGCUCCAGUCCAAAAGCAAAUCACUGGUCCUCGUCGUGCACCCCCUUCAGCAGCAUACUCCUUCACCACCGGCGAUGACACCACCGUUGUGAGCAGCGCCUACACGGACGGCCAAACUGAAGCACGCACCGAAGCAGGCGAGUCAUCCUACUACUCGGACUACCGCCCCAAGGCCGAAGUCCCCAAGUACUCGGACCCCAACAAGCACGCUCCGCGCUCCACCUCCAAGCCUCGCACACGCCCCUCCGGCUCCCGGCCUGCAUCCAAAACCCGCCCUUCAUCUUCAUCCAAAACGCGCACCGCAGACGCGCAUCCAUCGUCCCGCCCUGCAGGCUCGCGUCCCCCGUCCAAGUCGCGCAACAGGCCUUCCCGCAGCGCGUACACAGCCGCACCAUCAGACAUCUUCACAACCACCAACGGCGACUCCCAAGGCCACAUGUCGUACCCGUGCCACAUCCCGGGACUGAGCCAGUACGCAGAGAGCGUGGGUGUCAGUGAGAGUGUGAGCCAGGUCGGCGGACCGAGGGGGCGAGGCAGAGAUGUCAUGGAUGGGUAUCGCCGUGGAGGUGCCGCCAAGGGGAGGAGAGAUAGCUUGAGCGACAGCGAUUAAGCGUUUGUAGUGAAUUGUGGGAGAUAUGAUGGCGUUUUUGGUAUUCGGUCUUUUUUUCUUUGCGGAUCGAUUGCGACAGCGAAUCGAGCGGGGUUGCAGUGUACGAUGAAUGAGCAGAUGGAAUGGCAUGGCAUGGUAUGAUAUGGGCUGGCGUCGGAUACCGACCGGCUGGCUUGGUGGGUUAAUGACAGAUGGCAUGAAGGUAUCAUGGUUAUGGUUAUGCGUACGUAUGUAGAAUACAGUCACACACACACAUUCAUGAAUCGAUAUACCCAACAGUAUCAUGACAAUCGAAUGUUCUGCUUCUUAUCCCUUUUUUUCUCUAAUCCGCCGUCCAUCAAACGAUCCAGAACUCUCGACCUGAAGCGUACAUGCAAAGCCUAGAAGAAAAACACAUUUGAUAGCAGAGAAACAAAUAGAUGUUGGAC